AGACUUCCAAGUUCGCCACAGGUCUCUAUCACAGCGCAACUUGUUGCUAUCGAAAUUAUAUCUAGCUGAAAUACAGUUGUAGGUCUAUGUCACUCAUCUUUCUUAGUUUGAACAACGGUCAAUAUUGAAUUAAACGUUUAACCACUAACUGGAUAAAACAAGAAGAUGUUGGAUAAAUAUUCCCGGCACAGCCCUGGAGUUGCGCCCGUCCCGAACACGGACCUGCAACUCAAACUACCGGAGAGCAACGUGGGUACCAGAGGCCAAGAGAAAGAUAACGGGUCUGGGCAGAAACUGGUGGAGAUAACGGGACCGGCUCUGUCCAAACGGAAACUACUGGUCGGUCUGGACCUGCUCUGUCUGGUUCUGGCCUCCAUCCCAUUCUUGGUGUGUGAGCUGAAGGCAGUGAAUCCAUAUAGCAGAGGGUUUUUCUGUGGGGACCCCAGCAUCAUGUAUCCAUACCUACACAGAGAGGCUAUACCAGAUCAGCUGCUCAUUACUGGUGGGAUCAUCAUCACCGGACUCACUAUAGCUUUAGGGAGUGUUACCGGGUGCAUUACCGAGGGGUCAGCUCCAAAGCCUUCGUCAGAAACCUCUAUGUCUCAUGCCUGUAUAAGGAGUUAGGUUCCUUCCUGUUCGGGUGCUGCGUCGGCCAAUCCCUGACUAACAUGGCCAAGCUGAGCGUGGGGCGGCUGCGACCUCACUUCCUGUCUGUGUGCGGCGUCUCGUAUGCCUCGCUCAACUGCACCCCCGGAACCUACGUCUCCACGGUAACCUGCCGACAGACAGACCACCGAUUGGAAGAGGAGGCCAGGAAAUCCUUCUUCUCUGGUCAUGCUUCGUUUGCAAUGUACACCAUGCUGUAUCUAGCAUUCUACCUCCAAGCCAGGUGGUGUUGGCGAGGGGCCAGGUUACUCAGACCCCUCGUACAGUUCUUCCUGGUUCUGCUAGCUGUGUAUACAGGCCUGACUAGAAUAUCUGACUAUCGACAUCAUCCCUCUGAUGUCAUCACUGGCUACAUACAGGGAGCCUUGACUGCCUACUGGGUGGCCUUCCACGUCUCCUCCAUGUUUAAAGACUACAGCUCUACCCUCUCUCCUAGCCUGGACAACCCCCCGUCUCCUAGCUCCUCCAUGUUUAAAGACUACAGCUCUACCCUCUCUCCUAGCCUGGACAACCCCCUGUCUCCACAUCUCCUCCAUGUUUAAAGACUACAGCUCUACCCUCUCUCCUAGCCUGGACAACCCCCUGUCUCCACAUCUCCUCCAUGUUUAAAGACUACAGCUCUACCCUCUCUCCUAGCCUGGACAACCCCCUGUCUCCACAUCUCCUCCAUGUUUAAAGACUACAGCUCUACCCUCUCUCCUAGCCUGGACAACCCCCUGUCUCCACAUCUCCUCCAUGUUUA